AUUUUAAAAUUUAUUUUAAUAACUAAUUUAAUUAUAGCAAUUUUAUUAACUAUAAUAAAAUCACCUAUUAGAUCAAAUUUAAUUAUUUUAAUUCAAACUAUAAUAUUAACUCUUAUAAUUAAUAUAAUUAAUAAAACAGCAUGAAUUUCAUUUAUAAUCUUUAUUUUAUAUAUUGGUGGUUUAAUAAUUAUUUUUUUAUAUAUUUCAAGAAUUGCUUUCAAUGAAUUUAAUAUUAAUAAAAAUUAUAAAAACAUUUUAUUUAAACUAAUAUUAUUAUCAAUUUUUAUAUUAUACUUUAAAUUAUAUUUUAACAUAGAAAAUUUUACUUAUGAAAAUAAAUUUAAUUUUGAAGAUAAUUUUAAUUUAUUAAAUAUAUUUAUAAUACCUAAUAAUUUAAUAAUUUACUUUAUUAUACUAAUUCUUUUUUUUAUAUUAAUUUUAAUUAUUUGAAUAUUAAAAAUUAAUAAAGGACCAAUUCGUCAAAAAAAUUAA